AGGAUUGGAAUGAGGGAGUGAAUGUUCCGGGUCAGAAACUGGACGGGGGAGGAAAUUAACUCCAGGACGAGACACGAAAAAAAAAAAACGAGAACGCUACCCGCCUCUAUACGGAGAUGUAGCCCGUGUUUUUACGGUUACAAAAGAGGGCUUUUAAAAACGGCGGGGGGUCGACGUGAGACGAGGAACCAAGUGGAGAGGGAAAAAAACAGGUGCCUACAAAGUCACCAAAGUGAGACAACGACGGACAGUAAUUCCCAUGUUGGUCGCGACCUGACGAACGUUAGCUCGGUAACGUUAUUUACAGCUGGAGUUUCGGUGUUUAGUCGCGUGUGAGUUUCGUCUCGCUUGUGUUUGACGGUGAAUUUAGUCCGGGGCUAUCCCGCGGUAGCAAUCUGUUGCAUCCCCCUCCUCCCCGCUGUUUGUUUAUCGCACGGGUACGAGAUUUAUUCCCACCUCCCCCGUGAUGUUUCACUGUAUACCCCUGUGGCGGUGCAACCGUCAUGUUGAGAUGAUCGAUAAACGCCACUGCUCCCUGCUGUAUGUGCCCGAUGAGAUUUAUCGCUACGGACGGAGUUUGGAGGAGCUGUUGCUUGAUGCCAACCAACUCCGAGACUUGCCCAAGCCAUUUUUCCAGCUGGUUAAACUAAGAAAACUUGGCCUGAGUGACAACGAGAUCCAGAGACUUCCACCAGAAAUAGCCAACUUCAUGCAGCUGGUAGAACUGGAUGUCUCUCGAAAUGAUAUUAUGGAAAUUCCAGAGAGCAUUUCAUACUGCAAAGCCCUCCAAGUGGCAGAUUUCAGUGGAAAUCCAUUAACAAGGUUACCUGAUAGCUUUCCAGAGCUGCGGAAUCUAACAUGCCUUUCCAUCAAUGAUAUUUCAUUGCAAGUUCUUCCAGACAACAUUGGGAACCUUUCCAAUUUGGUAUCACUAGAACUCAGAGAAAAUCUGCUCACAUUCCUACCAGAGUCACUAUCUCUGCUUCAUAGACUUGAAGAACUCGACCUAGGAAAUAACGAACUCUACAGUCUGCCGGAGUCAAUAGGCUGUCUUGUCAGCUUAAAGGACUUGUGGCUGGAUGGAAACCAGUUGGCUGACAUACCUGCAGAGAUGGGCAGUAUGAAAAGCCUGUUGUGUCUGGAUGUGUCAGAAAACAAAAUGGGGCACCUUCCUGAGGAGUUGGGAGGCCUGCUGUCACUAACUGACCUGCUGGUGUCUCAGAACCUCAUUGAUGCUCUCCCCGAAAGCAUUGGAAAACUACGGAAACUUUCUAUAUUGAAAGCCGAUCAGAAUAAACUAACUUAUCUUCCAGAGAGCAUUGGCAACUGUGAAAGUCUCACUGAACUUGUGCUCACAGAGAACCAUAUACAGAGUUUGCCGAGGAGUAUUGGUAAAUUGAAACGGCUUUCCAACUUCAACUGUGACAGAAACCAGCUAAUGUCAUUACCCAAGGAGAUCGGGGGCUGCAGCGGUCUGAAUGUCUUCUGCGUACGAGAGAACAGGCUGACGAGGAUACCGUCAGAGUUGUCUCAAGCCACCGAACUGCAUGUGUUCGAUGUCUCUGGAAACAGGUUGACCCACUUACCGCUGUCACUGACCACACUACGACUGAAAGCCUUAUGGUUGUCAGAAAACCAGUCGCAGCCUCUCCUCACCUUUCAGACCGACGAGGAUCCUGACUCAGGCGAGAAGGUGCUCACCUGCGUGCUGCUGCCUCAACAGCCAUGUGAACCAGACAGUAAAGGCUCUGAUAAACUCGCCCGCUUUGGAGCCCUGGAGAGCCUGGUGAAUGACAUGGCAGAUGACACGUGGGACAGGAAAGCCGUGAACAGGAUCAGUGCUAUUCACUUCCUUGAUGAUGAUGAGGAGGAGGAUGAUGACAAGGGAACUUUACUCCGGCGGGCUACGCCUCACCCCGGUGAGCUGAAAACGAUGAAGAAAGCAGCUGAGAACCUCCGCAAUGACCUGAACGCUGCCAAAGGCCUGGACUCCAACAAAAACGAGGUCAAUAACGCUGCAGACAGAGUGACCACGUCUGUGUGACCUUUACCUCAGCAAUGUUUUUUACCUCCUGUGUCUCGCCGCCGUGUUGUCCUGCACAACCCCCGCAGUCCCCCCCCAACCCCCCCCACCCCUUUUCUAUGUUUUACCUACAAACCCCAGUGUGGCCUACCCUCCUCUGAUUAAACCCUGGGACGCCUGUAACCUUACUCCAUCUCCAGUCCUGUGUAAAAACGUGUUUGACUCAGUCUACCAUGGCCGCUGUGCCUUCCUUUUUUUAAAAAAAAUUAACGUCCACAGCAAUAAUCUGCACAGAGAUGCUCCUUUUAAAAGAUAUUUUAAAAAUUUAUUACUUUUUUAAAUGCCUCUUUUUUUAAAAUAUACAUUAGGUAGUUGCACUAUUAUAAGUCUUUAUAAUAUGGUCAAACCUUCUUAAAUGUAUUAUAUAUUUGUUCUGUAUCUAUUUUUAAAACACUGGGUGAACUUCUUUUUACAUUUUGGGCGAACAUAAAAGCAGGAGUUUUUGGACCUACUGAUUAAAGAUUAUUGUAUAGUCUCUUGUGAAUAUUGAUACUUUUUUACUUUUCGGCAGCUCAGAUGUAAAUAAAAUUGUAUAGUAAAUUUCUUAAUCAGUUGCAGAUUUUUAAACUUUUUCUCUUUGUUUCAAACUUGGUACUUUUUUCUUUCUUUCUUUCUUUCUUUCUUUUUUUUUUUUUUUUUUUUUUUUACACAAUCAAAGCAAUGAACAAAACACAGUCACUAAUGUCUUAUUCAGUCCAUAUAAUUAUCAUUGGGUGAGUGGAUGGCCUUGAAUUCUAUUUUUAUUCAUUUAUAUUGUAAAAAAUAUCUAGACCUAUUUUUUUGGAUAAUGAAUAGAUUUGAUUAAUUAAGUUUGGAUUUAAGUACUGCACAUCAAACUUUAAUUCCUUAUCUGCAAUGUAAUAAUGCAGAGAUAACAAAGCUAUCUUAUUUAUAUGUGCUGUGCUUCACUGCUUUGCUAUGUUUUCCAAAUAGAUGCCAAAACCAGCUGUAUUUUAUUUUAAAAGUUUUCCUUCCCUUUAACAAAGAGUACUGUACAGAAUAAUCGUCGGAGGUUUGGUGACAAUGAGGUUCGUACCACAAGGAUGGCAUCCUUUAAAAAUGCAGUUGUUAGAAGUUCCACUAUAAUGCACUUCUCAGCGUUUCUCAGAUCUUAUUCUUUUAUAUGGUACAUGAUAAGUUGUAUUAUUUUGUUUUUAAAUUGAUUGCAAAAAAAUUGAACCAGAGAAAUUGGUUCAAGUGUUGGUGUUAAUGUUUUAAUUAUUUUCUGAUCAAACUGCACAAAACGGAUCUCGAACAGGCAGUGGGCCUCGAGAUUUGGAUGACUUUUUAACCACUGAUCAAUAAAAUGAGUGCAACACUAAACAA